AUGGAAAACCAGACAAACCCAGCACACAAACCAAGUCCACCCAUGUUCGGGGACAGACGAGCACUAAAAGACGCCGCAUUCCGAGAGAAACUACGGCAAAUGGCCUUACCGCUUGCUCCAUUAGUGCAACUCACAACAGGAGAAAUCCAUCCGGCGUUCCCGGGGACGCUUCUAAACUUCUGGCUUUUGACGGACGCACAACUCGAGGAACUAGCACAUUUCUACCACCAACGAACACCCUGCCGCUGGACAUUCCACUACCCAUGCCCGAUAGCAUGGUCAAGCGAAAUAUCACUUGAAGAAAAACGGCGACGCAUAGGACGCUUUAUCGGGUUACGCGGGUGCGAAACGCCGAUACGGAUUAAAACCGAAGAUGAGAUCGCGGAGGAGGCGAGACAGGCGCGCGUCACGGCCGAGGAGCAGGUUAUGAGGGGAAAGAUGUACUGGUAUAGGUGA